GCUGGCCGUGGCGACGCUAUUCCUGUGCCGCGGCCCCCCCGCGGGAGGCGCCCUGUGCUUCCGGUUUCGGCCCCGGUGCGCCCCAGCGCUCGGGCAAGCGGGCGGGUCCUCGCAGCUGGGGUGCCGAGGCCAGCCGUGGCUUCGCAUGCGGCCGCGGCGCGGUCAGGGCGGGCUGCGCUACGAGGGCGGGGCGGCCGGGUCCCAGACGGCCCCCGGCACGGUGCCCCAGCCGGCCCCGGGCACGAAGGCGGACUACGACUACGGAGCGUAUUUGGUGCCGGCGAAGCGGCCGAUGUCGCGAGACUGGCUCGACUCCCUCAGGGUGCUGCCUUCGUCCAGGAUUCUCAGGAGGAUCAGGCGGCCAGCUCCCCCGGCACGGGCUGGGCUUUUUUGGUCAGCGUCUUCCAUUGUGUCCUCGGGAUGCCUGGCCUGCCGACCUUGUCGGCCCACACCCUGUUGGGGCCCGGCCUCAGCCUGCUGCUAGUGUUCCGGACUAAUUCUGCGUACCAGCGCUUCUCCGAGGGGCGCAAGAUCUGGAACGAUAUCCUGGAUAUCUCUAGGGACAUCGUGCUCAGCACGAGUUUGUACAAACGGCACGUUGGAAGAACUCGUAUCAAGAUAGUCCAAAAGGCCGUGCAGGCAUUCCCACUGGCAAUGCAGGAGCACGUGAGGGCUAAGGAGUUCGACAAUAUGCUGGACCAGCGACGGCUGGAGGGGAUGCUGCGGGAGCUCGAGGGGAGGGACCCCGGUCCCGACCAGAGCAUCGAGUCCUCCGUCCCGAGCGCGAACCGGCCGCUGCGCAUCGUGCGGCGGAUGCUGAAGACGCUCCAGGGCAUCCCCAACAGGGCGCCGCUGGCGGACUUCACGAACCGAGAGCGGGUCUGGCUUCUCAGCAUGGUCAACAGCCUCUCCCACACGGUCGGCAGGUGCGAGCGCCUGGUGCAGACGCCCGUGCCGCUUUCAUACGCGCGCCACACCUCGAGGUUCGUCUCCAUCUGGACGCUGACGCUGCCGCUGGCGAUAGUCAGCGACCUCCGCUGGCUGACGGCCCCCGUGAUCCUCCUGAUCACAUGGGCCCUCUUCGGCAUCAUGGAGAUAGGGCACAUGAUCGAGGACCCGUUCCGGGCCUCCCUCGAGCUCACGCCAAUCUGCCGG